UAUCAGAAAUUAUAAAAAGUCAUGUACUUUGUACAGGAUGAAACGGGCAACAUUUAUAUUUGUGUUGGAAUUAUUAACUCCUCAUCUUCAGAAACACUCAGAAAAAUUCGGGCGUCAUCCAAUAACACCUGAGAAGCAAUUAUUAAUAGCUAUUUGGAUGAUGGCCACACCCAAUUCAUACAGAUGUGUAAGUGAUCGAUUUGGUAUUGGAAGAGCAACAGCUUGGAGAAGUGUUAUGAAAGUAGUCAAUGCUUUAUACUACCAUUUGCAUACAUUUAUAAAAUGGCCAUCCCUGGAAGAAGUCACAGCUAUGACAACAAUAAAAAAUAGAUAUGGGUUCCCAAAAGUAUUAGGUGCAAUUGAUGGUACUCAUAUAAAAAUAGCAGCACCAAAAAAGAACCCCGAAUGUUAUAUAAAUAGAAAAGGAUAUCAUUCAAUACAAUUACAGGUUAUAUGUGAUUCAAGUCUAAAAUUUAUUCACUGUUAUGCUGGACAAGUUGGGUCCGUACAUGAUAUGAGAGUCUUCAGACUAUCAGGAUUUCAGAAUAUGUGCACAGAGGAAAAUUUUCCUGAAAAUAGUCACUUAUUGGGGGAUUCUGCAUAUGGAAUACAAAAAUACAUUAUGAUACUUUUUCGAGAUAAUGGGCAUUUGACAGAAACUCAAACAAAUUAUAAUAAAAUACAUUCUUCUUCACGAAUGAUUGUAGAAAGGUCAUUGGGAUUAUUAAAAGGAAGAUUUAGAAGUAUUCUCGAUACUUUACCAAUGACUAGGACUGACUUAAUACCAAAAUAUAUAGUAACUUGUUGCAUUUUACAUAAUAUAUGUUUAUUACAUAAUGAUAUAAUAGAUAUACCUAUAAUUGUUAAUGAUGGACAAAAUGAAAAUCAUGAAAUUAUCGAUAGUGCAACUAAAGAAGAAGGCAUACAAAAAAGAGAUUUUAUCGCCCAAACACUUCUAAAUCGUCAACUAUUUGUAUAAUACAUAUACAUAUAAAAUACAUUAUAUAUAUUUUUAAGAAUGUAUACUUUAUUUAUAAUCUUUAUACCAUUUGUAUACCAUUAAUAAAUAAAAACUAUUUUAUUUGUCU